AUGCUGUCUCUUCCUCUCAUUACGCCCCGCGACUCACAUGAACUCUGGUUCGGCUCCUCUCAAUUCCACCGCAGCUCAUAUCAACACCUCCAGUCGCCCGGGGACGAACCGCAGCACGGCCACCCACGUCGCAAUGGACAGAAUGGCCCGAAUGGACGAGCAGCAGGGACCCCGGGCAACAGCCUGUCGUCAUUGCAGCUCGAGGAGCGCGCCCUCCGCGCCCGCAAGAACAACAUCGCUUCGUUCGGAUACUCGUGGAUCAAGCCGGCCGGAUGCUCCAAGACCAUGCUGGGUAUGAAGGAGGAGGAGGCGGAACGGGAGGAGGCCCUUGCGGCCGCUGCGGCUGAGAUGGCUGCUGCGGCUGCGGCUGCGGCUGAUCCCGGCUUGGACGAGUUUGGGAAUCCGAUGCAUGACCAGGCGGAUGAUACGGGCAUGGAGCGGGAUUUGGAUGACGAUAUUCCCGAUGCGGAUGCGGACGCGGACGGGCUCGUGGAGGAAGGGGAGGAAGGACUGGAAGAGGACGAAGACGUGGAUGAGGAGGGAUACAUGGAGCGGGAUCUGGAUGAUGACAUUCCUGAAGCGUUUGCCGACGACGACGACGAUGAUGAUGAAGUCGAGGAGGAUGUGGAGGGAAAUGUCGACUUUGACAACCAAGCCGAUCUGGACGACGAGAUCCCUAGCGCAGCAGAUGACUACGAGGGCGAAGACAUGAGCGACGUAGUCGAGGAUGGCGACGAAGAAGCAUACGGGAUGGAGCGUGAUCUGGAUGACGAGAUUCCCGAGGCAGCCGAGGGUGGAUCGGAACAGGAAGAAGAAGAAUGGCAGCACACCGACACCGAUGCCGAGUUUGACGACGAAGAGGACCAGAGCUUCUUGCAUGACCGCUUUGCUGCACAGAACCUUCGAGCCAGCACAACCAGCAGUCGUGGCCUGCCCCCGCCGUCCGCCCGUCGCAGCCGGGAAACGCCAGCCCAGACACGAUUUCUACAACGCUGGAGCGGCGGCGGCGACGCGUUCGACUCUAGUGGCAUGAUGUUCGACGAGGAUGAUCUCCGUGCGUCGUUGGCAAGCCAAGCAAGCCGCCAAAGUGGCUUUGGCGGAUUUCCAAGACGGCCUAGUGGAAGGGAUAGUCUUGGAUGA